CCAAGACGGUAGUAUUUAUAUGUACAAUUAAUUGGUGACCGAAGUCGGGGAUGGAACACCUGUCAUCCAGCAUUGCUAUUUGCUGCCUAUGACUAUUGCGACACAAUGGCGUCUCAGAAACUUCACAAAGUAAGCGACCUUUUUAAAUCCGCCACCUACGGAGACGUGGGCGCUCUGACGGAGGCAGUGAAGCACGGCGUGCCGAUAGGGUCAAUAACAGCGGGAGGGUCCUCCGUAUUACACUUCGCUGCAUAUGGAGGUCACGCUAGAAUGGUUUCACAUCUACUAACAAACUACCCCGAAUGCAUAGAGAUAGGUCAUGGCCUCGACAUGCAAGGAUAUAACGCACUACAUAACUGCUGUGCAUUUUCAGGAAGUAUUGGUGUAUUCCAGGAACUACUGCGAGCUGGAUUUGACAUACAUACGAAGACGUCGGAUGGACUGAGUGCGUUAGAGCUGGCAGAAAGGUUUGAGAAAAACGACUUGGUGCGGCAAAUCCGAAACUCAGAGAGUGACCACGCAAUUGGAGAAACGAACUUACUGGAAGGGCGAGCAAAAGAUGAGGGUUUAUCAGGCAUGGAACAGCCAGAUGAGGGUGAGCUUUCCAUUACAAGUAAUGAGAUUGACGAUGCAGACGACAGCGAAUGGAGGAGAUAUACAAUUGUAGACUUACUCUCCAGUGCCGAGAAGGGAGACGUGGAGUGGUUAGACAAGAUAGUCAACAGUGGUGUCGAUAUAAAUACAACGACCAAGGGUGGAUCUUCUGUGUUACAUUUUGCAGCAAGUAAUAGACAGAUCAAAAUGAUAUAUCACCUGAUAGGAAAAUAUCCCCUCUGCCUGGACAAAGGUAAAAGUUUUGACCCCCAAGGAUAUACUGCGCUUCACCAUGCUGCUCGAUUAGGUAUGACUUCUAUUUGUGAGGCAUUAGUCGCCAAAGGGUUUGAAAGGGAAAAAACAACUGCUGAUGGACGAAGUAUUCUAGACCUAGCUAAGGAAGCAAAACAGACUCAUAUGAUCGAAUAUCUCGAGAAGACUGCAUACUCUUCCUACAACCACGGAGAGACGAAUUUACAGGAAUGUCGAGCAGAAGAUGAAGGUUUAUCAGACAUGGAACAGCCAGAUGAUAAUGAGCCUACCAUUACAAGUAAUGAGACUGACGAUGCAGACGACAGCACUCACAUGAACGAACAUCCCGAGAAGUCUGCAUACUCUUCCUACAUCUACGUUAAAACUGGCCGAUCUAUAAUGGAUGAUGGAUACCAUAGCUUUCCCAAAGGUCCUACACCUCCAGUCAGCUUGAUGACAGCCGAAACGGUAACGGGGGACAGGCGGAAAGAUGCAUGUGAUGUAGUUCCGUCUGUCAGGGACGAUAUCAGCGAAGAUUCACUUGAUGUAGCUCCAUUGGACAGGGUCGAUAUAAGGGAAGAUUCACGUGAGGUAGUUCCACUUGUCAGGGACGAUGUAUGGAAAUAUUCACGUGGUAUAGCUCCACCUGUUGCACCAGAAGACUCUUUUAAGAAAUGGAUCGGUCUACAUCGUUCUGCAGCAGCGGGCAAUUCUUUGGAUGUUAUAAAAAUGAUUGAAAAUGGGGCAGACGCAAUGAAGAAAAUAAAUAGUGUAUUUUUCCCUAACAUUGAUUUGAAAAACAAAGAAAUGCUAACGCCGAUGGAAGUGGCGUUCUACUCGAAAGAGAACGAGAUGGUGGGACUUCUGGUCAGUUAUACAGACGAAGAGAUCGUUAGGAAAUGUCUGUCGAAGUGUGAGGACACAUAUCUUGAAACAAAGCCAUACAUUGUCAAAGGAAUACUGAGGAAGAAAUACAAAGAUAAAUGCAUUGAUAUCGUCUUUGGAGAACUACAUCCAGAGAAAUUGAAAAUGUUUGUUAUAUACACAAAAACAAUUAUACAUGGCAGCGAAACAACCGAGUCUGGCUACCGUGUGCUGUUUCGAGAUCCAACCGUUUCCAGUGACGAGGGUCGGAAAGUGUUGCGUCACAGCCACGAACAAAAUUAUAUAUUGUCAGAUGCUGACAGGGGAUUGGUAGCACAAUCCAUUAAACAACACAGCGACAAACUUUGGAACGAUCAUUCAAACCUGCGAGGCAUCAUGUCUUCACCGGUAAAAUCUGUUGGAGGUAAUUUCACAAAGAAGACGUGUUUGGUUAUUCUUUGUCAUUUCAAAGGCUUUGUUCCAGACAAUGAGCCGUUAUUUCCGCGCGAAAUACAGAUAGGUAAUGACGUGCUUCCUGUCGACGUAAGGGAGGGACAAGUCGCCCUACAUCACGUGAUGUGUCCCGACGCUCUACACACUCCUCUCAGUUUUGGAUGUAACAUCGGCUCUGCUGACGACUAUACGACCAGGUUUGGUACCGUUGGCCCGUUUGUGCAGCUGAAUGAUGAUAAGAUCGGAUUCAUCACGUGUGCACAUGUUGUUUAUGGCAACUAUAGAUUCGUUGGAGAUAGCUUACCUGACAUUACUGUCCUGCAACCAAGCAACGGAGACACGGCCUUUCCGGAGGAGGCACGGAUAUGUGGUAAAGUUGUUAAUUUGAAGUACAGUCUGAACGAAGAUACCUCGAUAGAUGUAGCUGUCGUAGAGAUCACUGUUCCGGAGAGAAAGCCCUCGUCACCAGGAUUUGCAGCCUACAGCCAGGAACAACUCACUGGACGAGGAAUAUCGGAGAAUAUACCGCUAUUCAACCAUGGUGAAUGUGGUGAGCCUACUGUAGGUCGGGAAGUCGUCAAGUUCGGAAGUGCUUCCGGUGUGACGUACGGGACUUACAGAGGAAUUGAGACAUCCGAAUUCAGUUCCAAGUUGUACGGUAGAACCUCAGAGACAGAGCGAUGGAGGGGGGUCUACUACAUUGAGAACCGACAGUGUCAGGAGAAGGACUGUCAGCUCCCGCCUUUCUCCACUCCCGGCGACUCUGGCGCAGGAGUGUUCCAAGUGAGGGACGAUAACUCCCUUAUCUGUGUCGGUAUCUUGGUUGGAGCCGACACAGCCACUGGAUCUGGCAUUGUGAUUCCAAUCAAACCAAUUCUGGAAGAAUUUAACCUCACCCUAAAAAUAUUUCAACCUCAAGAACGACUCGACCCAGUUUUACAAACAUCAUAAAUGGUCAUCAAAGUUAUGAUUUAAUCAUUUUGCUGUGAACUUCAAUAAUCAGAGACAAAAAAGUUUUUCGUAGAAUUCUUUGAGAGCAGAUAUGAAAUAAAAUGUUUUCCUCUUAAAAAUUAUGACCUUCGGUCACAAUUCAUAUUUUUAACAUUGAAAUAACCUGACGUAUUUGGAGAAUAUGAUUCGUUAUGUACUCUGUUUCAAGGCCAUGUGAUCUUUUUAAAACCAGCACGAACUAUUGAAUAAAUUGUUUUUGUUAAUCUGAUGCAAAUCACGGUCCAGUUUUCGCUGGAGAUAUGUAGUUGGAAUAUGCGGUAAUGGAAAUAAAAUAGUCACAAAGUGUUGUUUGUUCCACAUUGAACACAACUGUGUAGUAUAUAUGUCAAAUAUUAGUAAUAACUUUAUUAUUCAGAAAUAAGUUAUUGACUGGUCGUUUCGUUGCCGAGAUGCAGUGGGAAUAUCACAUGAAAGUGAGCAAAAUUAGAAUUAUCCCAUGUCAUGCCUGUAUGAGUGGUUAUUCCUUUGAAGAUUGUGAUCACUUCUUCCUCAAUUGUCAUUUUUAAAUGAACCAAAAAAUAUCCCUUAUUAUCUCCAUAUCUAAUCUGAGCGCUGAAAUUCCAUUGGAAGUCCAAACGUUUUUGUAUUGUUGUCAAAGAUCUUGUGUUUAUUUGAAUAUAUUUACUUUGGAGAUUAUUCAGAGAUAUGUUUUGGAUACUUAGCGUUUUUUGUUUUUUUUAAUAAAUGUAUUUGUUGUUGCGGGUACUGAUCGGCUUGUCCUGGGGUUCCAGCUCAGAAUGGUGUGAGCUUAUGGACACUUUGUCUGUACUGGUCUACAGUUCAUGUCCAAUCAACCUGCCGUUUAAAUUAUGAAGCAACUUCAUAUUACUUGUAAUAAUUGGUGAUUCAAUAAUAUCUUAUAUUAUUAUUUCAUAAUGAUAAUCCCAUAUUUUUUAUAUAUUUUUAUAUCAGUCUGUGUAUUUCUUCUUUUUAUAUGUGUGCACUGUUCAUGUUUUAAGAAAAGGGUUUUCACAGCAUUUUUCUGUUACCAAAAUCCAUUUGUAUGUCAGAAUUGUACAAUAAAAUAUUUUGACAUAAAAAUUAUUACAAAAAAAUCAUAAGAUUAUGUUGUAAACAUUAAAAACUUCAGAUCAUGUUCUAUUUAGUAAUUUUUACUUGUAUUUUUUGUAAUGAUUUUUUGAUUUCAUAUAACUUUGGUUCGUUCUCAUUAUUGGUGUUAUCUCCUCACUAGUAACAUAUUAUUUUAUACUUAAACUUCUGAAUGAAAAUAUAUAAUAGUGUUCCACAAAAGGGGUUAAGAGUUACUGUACGGACUUUAGCAAGUCUGGAAUGUGAUAUCUUUAUGAUCCAAAGCGUGUAGACUUGCUCCAGUCAAUAUAUAGCCAAGGCUAUAUACUAGCUUUAAUGCAUACAACUUUAACACACUGAUAUCAAUUUAGAUAUCAUAAAAUACGAUUAUCAAUUAGAUUUACAUAACAUAAGACACAAAUAUUGCAUUAAAAAAUGUAAUUAAGAUUAUAAGAAAAGCCGAGGGUUUUGUCAAAUUUAAAAAUCCCGAUGGUGGAAAUUCUCUUUCCUACCCCCAUGGGAAUGAAAGAGUAUUUUUCAUUUCAACUAGCAGAAUAAGCUCAGAAACCAUGAUAAUGCGCUUUGACUGGCUACCAUUUUGAAAAUUUAAUCUUUUCGACGAAAAACACAUGUCAGAUUGAUUUAGCAUGCCCCUUAUCGGCAAACACUGUUUGCACUGAAAAAAGAAUCUCAUCUUUCUUACUUGUACCGUCAAUAUAUUGUAAAAGGUUUUAUUUUAUUAUGUUGCCGUUUCCGUUUUGCAGUAUCAGACUUUUCCAAAUGUGUGACGUAGCUUCAUUAUUGAUGCAUUGUGACGUCACGUGAGGGAAAAACUGUUUCCUUCUUUUAAUCAGAGAAUAUGCUGAAUUGGCUACCUCAGGUUUACACGAGUUCAUUGUUUAGCAGGACAGCUUACCCUGAGACAAUUGAGAAAACUUUAGCGACCUUACUAAUAGCCGUACAGUUAACAAUGGAUAAUCACCUCACAGACAGGUGUGACAAAUCUGUCAGGUUUGUCUGCCUCGGGUGUCUCCAGGUUUGUCUGCCUCGGGUAUCUCCAGGUUUGUCUGCCUUGGGUAUCUCCAGGUUUGUCUGCCUUGGGUGUCUCCAGGUUUUCUGAACGGUUGAGUUAGCAAGGGUAUUGGCCUACUGUAAUUAGUGUCAUUGCAAUGAUGCUAGUUCGGCUGUGUAUUAUUACUGGUCGAGAGAGUGGCCGAGAGGAGAAGGGCGAUCGGAGAGACUAUUUCAACACAAACCAAUACUUUUAUUUGGGCGACUACAUUUUGUUUAUUUUAAUAGAUCAUUUUUCCAACGUCCCAUUACUUGCAUUUGAAAUCUAAAAUGAAAACAGAAUAUUUUAAGUUCAAGAUGUUAGUGGUGAUCAAUAUUUCAAUGUUUGAAUUAUUUUAUUUACACAACAAUAUAACACUGUCAUUUGGCUUGUUCUAGAUUCCCCCACUUUAAAAAUAAAAUCUGAAGAAGAAGGAUCAUAGUCUGUUUCGGGUUAUAUUGACAGGAUUAACCUGUAUUUCACUAGUGUUUUCUGGUCAUAUUGACAGGAUUUACCUGUAUUUCACUAGUAUUUUUGGUUAUAUUGACAGUAUUUACCUGUAUUUCAACAGUGUUUUCACCUGUGGUCAACUGCUCUUAAAACGUCUUAUCUUAAAGCUGAUAUUGUUUGAUAAAAUGUCAUAAAUGAUGGAGAUUUAUGAUAAAAAAUUCAAUAUUAAAAGCAUUUUGUAUUAAAUUUGUAGUGAUUGUGAUCCCGAUAUGACAUUCGAUAAAAACUCUUAAAGAUAUUUUGUAAUCAUUUUGUAGCGUUAACAUAUUAUUUAAAUACUAGUGGAAAAUAGGUCGUUUUAAGCAAUAUAACAAAAAAUAUCUUUAUUAUUGCAUUAUUGAAUGAUAUGCAUUAAAUACAAAGUGAUAAUUAUAUAUUGUUGUACUUAUACUUGACAGGCAAUACCACAUUUGUAUACAAAUACGUAAAAUUUCCAUACUUCACCAAAUCGAAACUAAAGCUAAAUGUUGUGGGUUGCAAGGCGGAUAAAAUUACGAUUUCCAUAUCUUUCCUGAAAUCAUUUUUUAUCUGGAUUGUAGAAUAAAUAAGAGUAUUUUAAAAGAGUUUUAAUUCUCCCAAAGAGCAUUGUUGUUUUCAACGACCGAAGAGUUACACGCUUAGCCUUGACCUUCAUUUGUAUUGUGUGAUUAGUAAACGUAGUAUAUAUGUAAUAUAUUUCUGGAUUUGACUUCUAAUCGUGUAGAAAUGAUUGUGACUGUUUUUGUAUUGAAAUGAAACUUUAAUGUAAAGGCUAUUUUACAAUUGAAAUAUAAGUACGGAAUGUAUUUUAUCUUUUCUUGUACACGUUUCGGAUGAUUUAAUAAAUGAAAAUGAAAUAUGUAAAUUUAACCUAUAUUAUAU